GCCCCCGGCCCGGCCCGGCCCGGCGCAGCGCGGCGGCGGCGGCGGGGCAGAGCGGAGCGGAGCGCGGUGCGGUGGCGGGCGAAAGACGGGUUCUGGAGAGUGGCAUGUGCGUCUGAGGCUCUGCAGAUGCCAGCUCGCGCCUGCAGCCUGCUCAGCUCCGUGAGUGACCUUAACUGGGAGCUUGCUGUUACUUUAAAUAAGAGCUGUCGUUGCCCCGUGCUCUAAAGUGAGAAAUUCCACCCUGGAGGAGCAGGAGGACAUCGACACUGACGCCUGGAGCUUGCUGGUGUUGCUGCCUUUCCUGGCGGAGAGCACAAAAUAGGCUGCAGCAGAGUAAAAUCCCCCACGAGCUUUCUGACAUAAGUUCUGAGCAAGGAAGGUACCACAGGAGAGAGUGACAAAGCCCUGGCAGUAAGAAGGGUUUUUCUGGACUAUAUCAUUUCUAAAAGCCAAUUUUUAGGUUCCUGCAUUGUUCUUUGCUCUUUGCUUCAUUUGUUUUUCUCCCUGCCUUACUGUGUGCUCCGUCACAGCAGUCCUGCUGCUGGAAGAAGACUCAGAAAGAUGUGCUGAACUGUUACGCAACAACAACAACGGGAAGCUUGGGUGCCGUCUCAGCGGCUGCUGUAACUCACUGUGCUGGAAAGAGGAGAACUAGAGCAGAUUCCCUGUAGUUCCCAGUUCUACCUGUGUUCUCUGUUCACUCAGUGGUUGGUGUCCCUCGUUCUGGGUUGUGCUUGAUGGGGAUCUCUGCUGUGGGACCAGUCUCUGUGCUCAAAAGCAAGCGAGCAGGGGUAGAAGAGGUGGCCUCUAGAUGCUGGAAAGGCCAUUUGUAUAAGCUCCUGGCAGAAGAUCUCUUCUGGCACAGCUGCUGGCUGUAGGCCCACCAAGCCAAGGGUCAGGAUAGCCUCUCUGCAGCAUGUCAUCCAAGCCAGAGCACAAGGAGGCCCACCAGGCCAACGGGACUGUGCUGCCCAUUGUGCCUGUGGACUGUUGUGCUGAUCCAGACCACACGCAGUUGGUGGAGCCCUUGGAGUUCCUGGGAUCUGAUGGUGAUGGGGUGGAAGUGGUGGUGCUGGAGUCCCGUGCCAAUGCCAAAGGAGUGCGAGAAGAAGAUGCCCUGUUGGAAAAUGGCAGCCAGAGCAAUGAAAGUGAUGACACUAGCACAGACCGAGGUCCUGAACCUGCCUUGCCACUCAAAGAGACUUCCUUUUCCAUUGGGCUCCAGGUUCUCUUCCCUUUCCUUCUGGCAGGCUUUGGAACAGUUGCUGCUGGAAUGGUGCUGGACAUCGUGCAGCAUUGGGAUGUCUUCAAAUAUGUGACUGAGGUGUUUAUCCUGGUACCUGCACUACUGGGCCUGAAGGGGAACCUGGAGAUGACUCUGGCAUCUCGCCUGUCUACAGCUGCUAAUAUUGGCCAAAUGGACACACCAAAAGAGCUCUGGAGGAUGAUAACAGGGAACAUGGCUCUGAUACAGGUUCAGGCUACUGUGGUUGGCUUCCUAGCCUCAAUCGCAGCAGUGAUAUUUGGAUGGAUCCCUGAUGGCCACUUCAGCAUUGACCAUGCUGUCCUGCUUUGUGCCAGCAGCGUGGCUACUGCUUUCAUUGCUUCCCUUGUUCUGGGCAUGAUCAUGAUUGGGGUCAUCAUUGGAUCCAGGAAGAUGGGAAUCAAUCCUGAUAAUGUAGCCACACCAAUUGCUGCCAGCCUGGGGGACCUUAUCACCCUGGCUCUGCUUUCAGGAAUCAGCUGGGGCUUAUACAAAGAGCUGGAGAGCAAAGCAUAUGUGAAUCCUUUAGUGUGCGCCUUCUUCAUAGCUCUGCUGCCCAUCUGGAUCAUCAUUGCCAAGAAGAAUGCAGCCACUCGAGAAGUGCUGUACUCUGGUUGGGAACCAGUCAUUAUCGCAAUGGCUAUCAGCAGUGUUGGUGGAUUAAUUUUGGACAGAACGGUUUCAGAUCCAAACUUUGCUGGGAUAGCUGUGUUCACACCAGUUAUUAAUGGCGUGGGUGGCAAUCUGGUAGCUGUGCAGGCUAGUCGGAUCUCCACUUACCUGCACAUGAGUGGGAUGCCUGGAGAGAGCUCCGAAACAGCCCCUCGCAAGUGCCCCAGUCCUUGCAGCACUUUCUUCAGCUCAGAUGUGAAUUCCCGCUCUGCUCGUGUGCUCUUUCUUCUGGUAGUGCCUGGACACUUGGUUUUUCUUUACACCAUAAGCUCCAUGCGAGGUGGACACACUACACUCACUUUGAUUUUCAUACUCUUCUACAUGACAGCUGCACUUCUGCAGGUUCUCAUUCUUCUGUACAUUGCUGACUGGAUGGUGCACUGGAUGUGGGGCAGGGACCUCGAUCCUGACAACUUCUCCAUCCCAUACUUGACAGCACUUGGGGACCUGAUUGGAACAGGUCUCCUUGCUCUCAGCUUCCAUAUCCUCUGGCUCAUUGGUGACCGGGACUCUGAUGUGGGAGACUAGCUCUCCUCACUGCUCUUCUCCUUCUGACAGCUCUCCUCCUCAUUUUUUUUCAUUUGUUUGUUUCUUUUCUUACACCUUUGCUUUCCUUUGCUUCCUCCCCUUCUCUCUCUUCAGACUUCACCUUUGAUACUGGAUUCUCAUUAUUUUCAAUGGGAAUUUUUAUGUGGUUUAUAUUUCAAGCCAAGUUUGUACAGAAUAUAAAUCUAGUUUUAGGAAGGACAAAAAAAAGUGUAAAGAGACAAUCACCAAGUGCAAUUUCAUAGCAGUUGUGUCUAAACCAAGGCUACAGUGAAGAUACUGAUCAGUCAGAUCAUAUAGGUGGUCCACCCUGUCCCAGUCACUAGAGGUGAAGGGCUGCUUUUUUUCGCUUCAUAAGCGUUUUAAAUAUUGGAGGUAAGGUUCAGAUUUAUUUUACUGAACAGGCACCUUCUAGCAAAGUACAACCUCGUGGAUGAGGGCAUGGGGUAUCUUCUGUCUUCUCUGCCUUGUUACCCUCCUCCCUUGUGUUCACUCUCUGAAUCCCUGUCCUGUGCCUAGUAUCCAAAGCAUGCGGCCCUCCAAAAGAGGACUAGCAAAGACAUGUGAAGAAGGGCGAAACACUUGUUUUCUGUGUGCCCACAAGAAAGGCAAGUGAUCUCAGGCUUGAGGAGUGCAGAGCCCUGAAAAUCUGGCUGUGAGUGGGCUGGUCUUUGCUUACAGAUUUAGGCUGGAGAACAAAGCUGUCUCAAAUAUAGCUCUGUUUUGCCAACCAUCCUGCAGCAUCUGCAUCUCAGAAAUUACAAACUCCUUGUUCUGUCUCUCCUCAUCUUUCAUCUGCAGAUGGAGGGUGGUGAUUGUGGACUGAGUUCAGCUACUACUGUGUGCAAAAGGAUAUGCUCUACACUUUGUCUAAGGAGGCUGUGAGCUAGCCCCAUCCAUCACUCUCCCUCUGCUGCCUGGCAAUGCUCAGCUGAAGGAAGCAGAGAUUUGCUGGAGCUGUAAUGGGUUUUGUGCGCAGGGCUGUUACGUGGCAAUCUCUCCUCUGUACUGGAAUAGGCAGAGCACUGUUUUCAUGGCGGCCUGUUCAGGAUGGGUGGAAAAAUAGAUCCUGUUUUUUGUGUUAAGACUUAUUUUUUCACGGUGCCCUACACGGUGCUGCUGAAGGGCCCAUUGUGGCUGUGAAGAGGCCGUUCAGCUAUCGCUCACAGCUGAGCCUGAGGCGCUGCAAAGCUGGGAAUGUUACGCUGUCGGUGCCUCCUAGAAAAGGAUGUCCAUGUUCAGCCAUUGGCUGUAGCUGGUAUGUGUAGGUGCUAGCUGGGAAACAGGUUAGCAGCUACAGCCUGAUUUCUGAAGUCUGAGUCCUGAAGUUCAGUGCAACUCUCUGUAUGGGACUGUAGCAAAGGAACCUGCUUGCCCUUGAUACAGCUUGUGAAAUCUGGGCUCAGGACUACCGCCUGGCUUGCAAGCAGUGGCCAAGUACGCUGCAGGUGCAGGGCUCCCUGCUCUGUUACUUUCCCCUCUGCUUUUUGUGCUAUUCGUCUAGGUAACGGCUGAGAUGCGUUCUGUUAUCCUGCUAGUACGCACUGGAAAUAUUUUCAUGCAGCCUGCAGUGGCAUAAUGAGAGAAAAACUGUUCUGGCUGUGUGAAUACAGCAUUUGGAAAUGGUCUUGCUGAAUGUUGUUGGCACUUAACGCUAUUUAAUUUUCCCAUUUGGAUCUAAAAUGAUUCAGUAAACUGGAUGCAGUUUGGUGUAAACAGGUCUGACUGACUUGGAAACUUCAGCCUGUUACACUAUGCUUAAAUGAUAUGCUCAAGCAGAUAGCUUCAUUCAACCGCCUUUAAUGUAUGAAUAUAAAUUGAGUGCAUAAUUUAAGUGUGUAGGGGGAAGCUCGUAACAUCUGUGAAGGAUGGAAAAACACAGUAUAUUGUGUGGAGCCUAGUUUCAGUGCUCCAAUAUGCAAAACUUGGGAAGCUGCCAGUAUCUUGCAAACCUCUGGGGAUGCCUGCAGUAUUCAGUACAGUAGCACCUUGCAUCUUGAUCCUGAAAUAACAGCCAAGCUCUCAUUUUAGUUAGCUGUGUGGCUCAGUGCUACAGUUCUGAUCCUGUUCUGGACGCACUGCAUGUCCUAUUUAUUUGCAACUCCAGAGUAUAACCCCAAAGCUGCUGAAUUUGUGGUUGCCUGUAGGCUGCUGCUUUUCCUCUUCAUUUUUUCUUUGUCUUAAGUGUGUUCCUCAUAGCAGAACAUGACCAUUCUUGAUUGGCUUGAUUUCCUCAUUUAGGUUAACUUCUGUAUUUCUCACACAGGCCUUAUUGAAACCAAUGCUUGUUGUCUCUUUUGCUUUCUGUCCCAGCAACACUGGGCUUCUGUGCUCAGGUGGAAAGAGGUGCAAUGUGGUGCUGGGCCUGCUGAUCAUCUGAAAUAAGGCCAGGUUAGAAGAUGUGUUUGUUACACUGGACAAUACAAGAAGUAGCUGAGUUCUACAAAGACCUGUGCAAGUGCAGCCAUUUAGUUUUUAGGUAAGGAGAGUUUUGUUAGAAACUGUUCCUUCCCUGCCCCCCUCCCCACACACACACUUGCACAAAAACAGGAAAGGCUGAGCUGAAUGCGCCCUUUUAUGAUCCAAGUCAAGAACAAAUUUAGACUGAAAUUGGGUAUUGUCCGAGCCCAGAGAUCUGGUUCCAGUGUUGAUCCUUACUCUGGAGACAAGCAUGUUGGAAAGGAAGCUCAGGAUUAAUGGAAGCUAAUUCUGAAAAAACACAGACAGAUGCAUCUGAACCAAGCUGCAGUCAGUCUUCUGCUUACUCAAGAGCAGAUUGCUGAGGGACCACUGUAUUGCAAGUUGUAGAAGAAUCCUGUCAUGUUUCAGUAUGUGUAUAUUAAGUAUUCCUAUUUUUAACGUCUUUACUGGUUGUAGAAUUUGGGAGACAGAGAUCUGACUCUUACCUUGUCAGAAUACUGACUCUGGGAUCUUACGAGGGGCAGGUGAUGCAUUUUCAGAUGGAGUUCCCCGUUCUACCUUGCUAAUGUAGUGUCAGGCUUUCUUUCCCUCUUCUGCCUUUGAAAUGUUUCCUUUUGUGACAUCGGCUCUGAACUUUAUACUCUUCACCGUGGUGACUUGACUGCUCACAAACCUAAUUUGGCCAAGGCAUUGUCCUCUCAAAAAAACCCCCCAUAAAACAAACCAGCACCGCCUGCAUCCCCCCAAACCCUACUGUACUGAAGUCUUAGCCUAGAGACUUCUGGAGUAUUCCUGCUCACCUGACUUCUCUGCCUAAUGUUGAGGAAUAAUUUGAGAUGUCCUUCCAUUAACACUUAAGCUUAUAUGUGGGAAAGUCUCCUGGUCUUUAGGUGUCAUCUAACUAUCUAAUUCCCUUAGAAAGAAUCUACCACUUGUGGUCUCAUCUGUAAGAUGUAGGGACUCAGAGGUGUCAUGCUGCUAGGGUGAUGCUGUAUGUACAAUUUUAUAAGGUUUAGGGUGUGUAUGUGUGUGGGGGGCAAAAUAGGUCAGGGAAGAAUCUAAUUUAAAUUCUCAGAAUAUUGAAGGAUGAAAACUUUUUCCACCAAUUGCACUCAAAUGCAUGCCUACUUUACAUCUGACUGCAAAUGAAAAAAAUACUGGUUUACUCUUUUUAUUAAAGGAAAAAGACUGUCUUAAUUAUUUAUAGUUCCUAUAACUGAAUUGACAGAUGUCAACUUAACUGAUAAAUUAUAUUUGGUUAAAUAAAGAUGACAUUUAUU